AUGGACCACAAAGAUGGUGAGAGGAGAAGGAAAGGAGCUAAAGGAAUUUCUGGCAGUGUGAUUAAAAUCCCAGAUGAGUUCUGCCAGAAGGACCUGGACAUGAACAGUGACUUCAGGGUGCUGUUACCAUGGCGACAAGGUCCAGGCCUGUGCUCCACGGCCCUCGUCAGCUACCUAAUAACUCUGCACAACGACCUUGUUUACUCUGUAGACAGGCUCACCGGAGAGGAGACCAGCUACAAAGUGAGCCCUGCAGAUCUGACUGACCUGCAUGUGAUUCGUUAUGAGAUUGAGCGAGAUGUGAUGCCCCUGGUUCUGUCAAACGUCCAGUACAGCAUCAAGAAGGGCCAGGAGACCCUUUAUGAGUAUGAUUUACCCAGGAUCCAGCAGCAGAUCAUCUCCCGCUUCCUCCUGGGAAAACCUCUCAUUACUCUGAACGGCAUUCCGACACUAGUGAACAGACAUGACCGCAACUAUGAGAUUAUCCUCAGGGAUGUAAAAGAAAAAGUGAGACAAGAGCCUCUGCAGACUCUCACCCUGGUUUCUGUGGCUGGAGAGCUGCAGUCCUACAGCGAGGUGUGUGAAGCCCUGUCCACGCUGGAAGUGGCCCUGGGCUUCCUUGCCAUGACUGGGGGAGAGCCUGAGAUGCAGCUGUCCAGCUACCUGGAGGAGGUGCUGCAGAUGGGAAACCAGAUGGCUCAGCAUAUCGUCAAGGUCGGCCUAUCUGACACACCGGUUGUGUUUUCCUCCCCAGAACUGCAGUCUAGACGGACUGGUUACAUUUCAUAGAGAAAACUGUCCAAAUGUGCUGCUAAGUGGAACUUUGUUUUGUUCUCUGACGUGAAGUGUUGCAAUAUAAUAAU